AUGCCGUCUAGUCAUGUUCUUUGUGAGACCAUUAGAUCAUCGCACAAUGAGUCCAUCGACUGGUUGACCAUACUCAAUGAUCGAACAACUGAAAUGCCGUUAUCUAACCUGAAUAUGAUAACAUAUGCAUAUAUUGCUCCAUUAAUUAUAACAUUCGGGAUUGUUGGAGAUGUUCUGACUGUCAUCACUCUAACACAUCCCUUGUUAAGGAAAAGCUCCAUCAUCUAUACGUAUCUCACUCUCUUAGCAAUGACUGAUUUGUUUACUCAUAUCUCUGUGAUUCCAAUGAUUAUGUGGCUUCUGGAUAUUAGAGCUUGUUCUUCCUUUUCAGCUUUCUUCUAUGCACAUAUUGGUUUUCCUUUAGCAAAUGGUUUAAUGGGUGCAUCCGUCUGGAUUGUUGUGUUCCUCACAUUAUCUCAAUAUAUGGCUGUAUGUAAACCGUUUGCCUAUGGAAUGAGAUCUCGUAAAAUCUGCUUUCUACUAUUCUGUCUGUCCUAUCUCUUCAACUUCAUCAUAUACGCUCCAUGGGCUAUCAAGAAGAACGUUCACAAUUUACAUGAUUUUAUUGAUGGAAACUCCAUACCUGGAGAUCUUUGUCCGUAUGUCGUCUGUGAUACUAUACGGCCUGACUGGUUUGUCGUCUACGAAGCUAUUCGAGAGCUAAUCAGUCGCAUUUUCCCAUUCUUUCUUGUUGCAUUCUUCAAUGCCAGAAUUUUAAUAACAUACAGGAAUACAAAGAAGGACCGAAUGGAACGUUUAUCCAACUCACAGAAACGCUUCGUCUAUGAGAAAAGCGAGAAGGAAGAGAAACGUCUUUUCAUUUUACUAUUCGCUAUAAUUAUAAUUUUCUUCUUAUGCACUAUCCCAGCUGCUCCAUUAACUAUGCUGGUUGCCGAUAAUCGAUCAAAUAACUUUGAUUUCCAAAUCGUUCGGGCCAUUGUCAAUCUGUUAGAAUUCACGAAAUUCGCUUUGAAUUUCUAUUUUUAUUGCUUAAUUAACCCGGAUAUUCGAAGAAUUUGUGCUCACGUCAUAACCUGCCAGAAGAUGACUCGUCCUCCACGUGUGAAGGGUCAACCGACGACUCCCAUUUCUCUUUAUACAAGGUCGACUAAAAAUUCGACACUACGUGGCCGAAAUGGAUCAAGUCGGCGAAGUUCAAGUAAAGAGAAUGAAGGAAGUCUAAGGCGUGAACCUCCACGUAAGAAUACUGUACCCAGCACACCUGCGGCAGAAACUCUCAUAGAGAAGCUGACGGUAAUCAAGGAAUCAGAAAGUGACAACGGCGAUAGAAUUUAA